AUGAACGAUCAUCGACAAACCCCCGGCUCUGUGGAGCCUGGAGCAGGAUCCAAUCUCUCACCCUUCAUCCACUCGAAGCCCGCUCCCAUGGAUGAUACAUUGAGGAGCCGUCUUCUAACCCGCUUCCAGCCCAGAAUAAGCAACUACAACUCAGUCUCUCAUGAUGCUUGCAUCGAGUGUCAUAUAGACCUGUUUGGGAGAGAUGGGGUGGGAAAGAUGAUCGGGGGAAUGAACGCACACGAUGGAGACUUCAUAGCACUCUGCGCCCCGGAGGCGCUACCCGAACGGAUUGGCUUCUGCUCGUAUUUUAAUGAGUAUGGGUUUCUCGAUGAUGACAUGUCAGUCGAUGCCAUUCAGCCUGCAAGGCCAGUCUUAACAGACCCAGUCUUGACAAGGGCUCUUGGGGCAGAGAAAGCCGAAGAUAUCACCACAGUCAAUGGGAACUCUCAGAGAAAACAGCAAAUUAUGGCGAAGAUCUGGGCGAUACAGAAAGAGCUCGAUCCUGCAUAUCUGAGUCGCUCGCAAACGGCUUUGAGACAGUGGUUUGAGACAGCACAACAGAUUCGUGACAAGUGUUUCACCGAUAUAGAUGAUUAUCUGGCUACCAGAGCCGUGGAUUGCGCUGCCAACUGGGUUGUCCAUUUUAUGGCCUGGUCUAGUGGUCUUGUGCUCACACCAGAGGAAUACGACAAAGUCGGACCAGUUACGUAUCUAGCUUAUGCCGUUCUAGCCAUCACAAAUGACUUCUGGUCCUGGGAGAUAGAGAAACGGGAAACAAGAAAAUCGGAAGGAUCCGCUCCACUCGUGAAUGCCGUGCAGUUGGUGAUGGAGAUACAUAAUACGGAUGAAGAAAGCGCGAAGGAGAUUGUCUGCAACCUUAUCCAGGAGCAUGAAGAACGUUACUGCCGUCUUCGUGAUGAAUAUCUCAAAAGACCAGAUAUUACCUUGGCGAUUAAGAAGUGGUUUCGGAUUGUUGAGCUAUCCAUUGCUGGAAAUGCAAUGUGGAGCAUCCGCGUUUUGCGAUAUCAUCAAGACGUGCAGAAUCCCUACGAAGGAACUUUCGACUUCCCUUCUGUCUUUAGCUCUCUGAAAAUAACGCAGUAUGCUCCAGAUGUGCUAUCAGAAAGAGAGGACAUCUCAGAUGUGAAACAAAAGAGUCCAGUAUUGGCGCCAGCAUCGAAACUGGAUGACACCAUAUUAUGGAAGCCAUACGAAUACCUCAACUCCACACCAACGAAAGGCCUUCACAAUCAACUGGUGGACGCCCUCCAGGAGUGGUACCAACUUCCCCAGCCCUCGUUAGCUAUUGUCUCCGGAAUAGCAACUCUGCUCCAUGAGGCAUCUCAUAUGCUGAACGACGUACAACACGUCAACCCCCUCCGUCGCGGCAAGCCUGCAGUCCAUCGCAUCUUCGGCGUAGGACAAACCAUCAACUCGGCAUGGUCCCAAAUCAAUUACGCUCAGCGAAUUUGUCUGCAGCUUUCUGCUUCAGCAUACUUGAUCUUUUCUGACCAACUUGCCCACCUCUUCGCCGGCCAAGCCCAUGACCUUCACUGGGCUAGACACAAGACCAUUCCGACGGAGGAAGAGUAUUUCAGAAUGGUCGACGGCAAGAUCCAAGAAAACGGUUCUCUCUUGGUACUCAUCUCCCGACUAAUGCAGAACGAAGCUACGCAAAACAGCACUCUCGACUUAACUCACUUCAUGAACCUAAUUGGAAGAGCCUACCAACUAGGAGAUGACUACCAGUGCCUAGCAUCCGCGGAUUACACCACCCAACGCGGUCUUUGCCGAUGCCUUGAGCAAGGAGUUUUCUGCUAUCCUCUACUUCGCGCCCUUCAGAAUUCCGAAGACCCCACCGUGCUGGUAGAAUGGCUUCAGCAUCACGGGGGAAGCACGAACAACAACUCCCCCGAGAUAACCUUUAUCUCUGGACUGAUCGAACGCAACAGGGGCCUGGAGGCAACCCGGGGUGUACUGCAUGAGCUUUCUGUGGAGAUUAUGAGGCAGCUUGAGAUGAUUGAAAGCAAGACGAGGGUGAAGAAUUGGUUGUUGGGGAGUAUUCUGGACAAGCUGCAGAAUGACCUCUCUUCUCAUAAACCUGAGAGUAAGAAAGAGGAUACGUUGGAGAAGGUGUUGCGGGUGUGGGGUGGCUAUCGGAAUGAGGCGGGGAGGGAUGUCUUGAACUGA